AUGGAGAAAGCAAGGCUGUCUCAACCAUCUCAAGAAAGCCGUUCUUCUCAGAGGUUGACGCAGGAAGUGGGAUCCCAGAAGAUGAGCCAAGGAAGUGUAUCCGCGUCACAGAGAUCUCAACCGAACACUCCCAUUCCACAGCGUCAAGCUAGUGAUCAUAACAAAGUUGCUGGCAUUAUGCAGACUCCGUCGUCGCGGAAGGCGAAGGAUGCUGGAAAAUCUCUGAAUGACCUUGUCGGCGGAGAAUCAUCACCCAUCCAGGAAGACAUCCCAUUUAGCUUAAGCGAGGAUCCUGACAAAGAAGUUUUUGAUCCUACUGCUGCUCUGAAUAUUAGCGCAAACAGCAACGACCCAGGUGCCGAUUUCUUGUCGCUGAUGGAGACCACAAAUGAGAAAAAAGCAAAAAGUGGACGUAAUCGUGCGUCGCCAGAUGGUGACUUCUCUUUCUCUAUCUUUGGCGCUGCUGCUGAAGGAGGAGCUACAUCAAGUGGUUCUGGUGAUGGUGAAUUCGCUUUUGAUUUCGGAAAUCCUACGCAGGAUGGUGAUGGAGCCGAUGAUGGCGGUUUUCAGUUCAACUUUGGAGGUUCUGAGGAACAAGGAAAUGACAAGGAUGAAGGGUUCAACCUUUUCGGUUUCUAA